UGGGGGCGGUCAUUUGUCAGCUUUCUGGACACACAGACGGAGACAGACAGGAUGGAUUUCCUCCGGCUACAUCUCCCUGGGCUGCAUCAGGCCUUGCGGGGAGCGCUGGAUUCCCUCAGCUCCUUUGUCUCCUACCUUAUGGGAGAUGAAGUCCCUACUGCAGACAGGAAGGAGGAGAGGGCAGCCGAGGAACUGGGGGAGGUGGCUGCGGGAAGGCAAGGGAAACCUGAAAAGAAGGAAGCCCAGGAGGCCCUGGAGGGCCUUGGAGGCAGCCAAAGCCAGGAGGAUGGAGGGCUGAGAGGGCCCAGAGAAGCUGGAAUAUGCCAGGAGGGAAGUUCAGCUACAGAACAGACCUGGGCUUGCGAAGAAGGCAGCUCCCACAGGUCUCAGGCAGAGAGGCAAGACACUGGGGUCCAGGAGGCAGCCAAGGCCGCCGGGGUCCAGGAGGCAGCCAAGGCCGCCAGGUGCCAGGAGCCAAGGGCCCACUUAGAGGCCAGAAAGGAGUCCGAGGCAGGGUCUGAGGCUGGUCGAGACAACAGCAGCGAAGCCCAGGAGAGUCAAGGGCCCAGUGAGCAGGAAGUGAAGAGAGAGGAGACACUAAGAACCCGGGAACAGGAGGAGGAGGCGGAAGAGGUCAGGGAAAGAAAACCAGAGGUAGCCAGAAAGGCGGAGUCAGAGUGGACCUGGCACAGGGAGCCUGAGGGGGUGGUAGGUGCCGAUGGGCAAAAGGUAGCAGGGGACAGCAGGGAGUCACUAGAACCGGUCAAGGAGGCAAUUGCCGAGGAGAUCCACGGGUCUGCAGCCAAACAGGCCGGGCAGGAAGAAGAGCUGAUGGUGGUCCUAAGGGGUAGUGAAGGCCCAAGGGCACAGGAAGCACAGGAGUCGGGGACAGAAUGUGAGGACAGGACAACCUCAGUCAGGGAGGAGGACUGGACAGCCUCAGGCAGGGAGGAGGAUGGGAAAACCUCAAGCAGGGAGGAGGAUGGGACAGCCUCAGGCAGGGAGGAGGACUGGACAGCCUCAGGCAGGGAGGAGGACGGGACAGCCUCAGGCAGGGAGGAGGAUGGGACAGCCUCAGGCAGGGAGGAGGAUGGGACAGCCUCAGGCAGGGUGGAGGACGGGACAUUCUCAGGCAGGGAGGAGGAUGGCCCAGCCUCAGACAGUGGGGAAGACAGGACAGUUUCAGGCAGGGAGGAGGAUGGGACAACCUCAUGCAGGAAGGAAGACUGGACAGCCUCAGGCAGGGAGGAGGACGGGGCAGCCUCAAGCAGGGAGGAGGAUGGCCCAGCCUCAGGCAGGGAGGAGGAUGGCCCAGCCUCAGACAGUGGGGAGGACAGAACAGCUUCAGGCAGGGAGGAGGACAGCACAGCCUUAGAAAGGGAGGAGGACAGGACAACCUCAGGCAGGGAGGAAGACUGGACAGCCUCAGGCAGGGAGGAGGACGGGACAGCCUCAGGCAGGGAGGAGGACGGGACAGCCUCGGGCAGGGAGGAGGAUGGGACAACCUCAGGCAGGGAGGAAGCUGGGACAGCCACAGGCAGGGAGGAGGACGGGACAGCCUCAAGCAGGGAAGAGGAUGGCCCAGCCUCAGACAGUGGGGAGGACAGAACAGCUUCAGGCAGGGAGGAGGACAGCACAGUCUUAGAAAGGGAGGAGGACUGGACAACCUCAGGCAGAGAGGAGGAUGGGACAGCCUCAGGCAGGGAGGAGGACAGCAUAGCCUUAGAAAGGGAGGAAGCCAGGACAACCAUAGGCAGGGAGGAGGAUGGGACAGCCUCAGGCAGGGAGGAGGAUGGGACAGCCUCAGGCAGGGAGGAGGACAGCACAGCCUUAGAAAGGGAGGAAGCCAAGACAACCACAGGCAGGGAGGAGGAUGGGACAGCCUCGGGUAGGGAGGAGGAGAAUAGAACAGCCUCAGGCAGCGAGGAGGCUGGGAUAACUUUAGGCAGGGUAGAGGCCAGGACAACCUCAGUUGGAAAAGAGGGUGACCUCUCAGAAGCCAGGACAACAGAAUAUGGGGAAGUCUCAGGAGAAAAGACCUCAGAGGGUACUGGGAAGACCUGGGCAUUCGAGGAGGCCUCCAGGGGAGAGCAGGAGGAGGAGGUGGAUGAGAAUAGAGAGGCUGAGAUGAGCUUUCCCCCCAAACAGACCCGUGUCCUGGGAACUGAGAGUGUAGAAGAACCAGCUAAGGAGCAGAGAGCAGGGGUGGAGGCUGAAGAAGGCCAGGGGUCAGAGGGGGAGGUAAGGGAGGGCUUUGAGGUCCAGGAAGAUCAGGGAGGGAAAGAGGCUGAGGGGAAGCAAACCUCAGUGAUCAGGACUGUUCCAGCCCGUCUGGAGGAGGAGGUGGCGGCAGAAAAGGCCAAAGAGGAGGAAGAGGGUUGCCGGGUCUCAGAGGCUGAGUUGCCCAAGGACAACUUGGCAAAUGAGCCUGAAGAGGAUGCUGACUUCGAAGUGACCCCAGAGGCCAGCAGUCCUGAGAAGGAGUCUAGCCAGGAGAGGAGUGAUGGGGAGGCUCAGACAGGUGGAGAAGCACAGGGGUGUAGUGGGGCGGGGUGGGGUGACCUUGAGCAUGAAGUCAUGGAAGGCCGGGAACCUGAGCUGGUGGCAGGCUCCCAGACCCUGGUGGAGCAGCCUGAGGAAGAGCUCUGGGGCGCUUCGGCCCUGAGCAAAGAGGAGACGGGAGGGAGCCCGGAGGAAUAUCCCAGCAACAUGGGAGGCCUGGUUGGGGCAGAGGCCUGGGAGAACCAGAGAAGGGAUGUAGAAAGAGGGGAUACCGGGGAGGAAAAAGCAGAUGCAGAAGAGGGGGAGGUUGCAGGAGGCCAGGCACCGGAGGAGUCCGAGGGAGGCCGAGAGUCUACGUUCCCAGAUGUCCCAGAGGCAGGCGGGGAGUGGAAGAAAACCCAAGAAAUAGGAGCAGAGGAGGGAGAGACCCUUGGAGCAGAGAGCCAGGAGCUGGGUGGAAGACAUGGGGCAGACGCAGGGACAGGUCAGUCCCUGGGAGAGUCAGAUGGCGGAGAAACCAAGGAUGAGGAGGUGGAGGCCGCGGUGCCCUGGGGGGCAGACCCAACACCCAGCGGAGAUGGGAGGCUAGAGGAGGCCACUCUGAGCCUCCAGGACAGCGAGGACCCAGGGGCCAGUUCUUUGGCAGCUGAGAUAGCAAGGGAUGAUGUAGCUCUGGACGGAAGGGCAGCUGGGGUGGAGGGAGGGCCCGCAAGAGAGGCUGGGGAAGCCUGGGGCUCAGAAGGGAGGCAGGAGGUUCGGGGAGGCGUGGAGCUGAUGGAGGUUACACAGGGAGAAAACCGAGGCUGGCUGGGAUUUGGCUCAGAGGGCUCAGCAGACGAGAAGGCGGCUGGCAGAGGGGCCCAGGCAGAGGCUUUGGAGGCCAGAGAGGGCGAACCCAGGGGAGAAUGGGUGGAGGUCAGGGAGCCUGCAGUGGAGGAAGGAAGCUGUGGGAUGGAUGGCUUUACCUCGGGCUCCCAGGUGGUGAGGGCAGAGGGGACCGUGGCCACAAGGGAAGCCGAGGGGCUCCUGGGAGGACAGACGCUGUUGAAAGAAGAGGCUGUGGGAUGGCAAAUGAAGGAGCAGGGGCAAGACAGUGAGGGGGGAUGUGGGGACCACCGACCCGAGGAAGAGGCAGGAAGACCUCUUGAUGUGGAGGAUGCUGAGGAGACUGAAGACCGGAGAGCAGAGGCCGAGGAUAUUGUUCCAGGAGGCCUGGAGGACGUCCAGGGCCAGGAGGACCAGUCAACAAGCCAGGAGCCUGCAGAGACCGAGCUUGGGCCCCACAGGGAGAUGGGGGAGACGGCAGAAAGUGCUGGAGGGGGUGCUUGCGGCCUCUGGAGUGAGGCCCUGCUCCCUGGGGCUCUCCUGGACGUCUCUGCCCCCCGGAGCCGGGUCCUCCUGUCUCGCAACUCCUCACUGCGCCGCUCCCGGCCCUCUUUCCGACGGACCCGUGCGCCUGAGCGGCAAGAGGUGCCUCCCAGCCCCCCACCAGAGGAACAGCUGUCGGCCCCAGAGCAGAGACUUCUCCAAGCAGAGGAGCCCCCAGAACCCAGACCCCCAAAACCCGAAGGGACCCCACUGCCAGCCAGAAGAAGGCCCCUGGGACGUGGGUUUGGCCUUGCACACAUGGGUAUGAUGCAGGAAUUGCAAGCCCGCCUGGGCCAGCCAAAGCCGCAGUGAGGGGCCCCUGAGCCCCCCAGGAGCCUGGCCCUGAGUGAGGGUCAGAAGGACUGCCAAACCCUGCGUCACCUCUCUCCAUCUGACACUCUGGACAUGGCCUUUCUGCCUCUGGGCCUCAGUUUUUCAGUGUGUUAUUCAUGGAGCAGACAGAACCAGACGCCUAUGAGAACCAUGAACUUGAGGAGCGUGACUCGGUGAUGCAGCCCACGGACUUCCUGGCCCGCCAGGACCACCUCUCAUGGCAGGUGCCGAGCACCUCUCCCAUCUGUCUUGGCUGUCUGGAGGACGGAGGGGACGGGACAACUCUCCCCGCAGCCUUCCCUCCCUGAUUGCUCCCAGUCCCCACCGGGGGCCUUCGGGGGAGCUGUGGAACAGUCACGCCAACCCUGGGGGUGGGAACUGGCCCAGAAGAAGGAGGUCAGUGGCGCCUAUGAGCUCCAUUUGCAACGGGAAACAGAGGGGCACCAGAGACCUUGAGCUUUCAAAAAUCUCGCAACUCUGCUAGUUACCAUGGAAACCACCAGCCCAGCAAGCCAGAAUAGGGGAAGGAGCCCCCAGAAUUUAGGAGCAGAAAGAGGCCCAGGGUGGCCAGAGGCUACUGACUCCUGUCCUUCAGGGGUCAGGUACCCCUUCUUUGAAAAGAAGAGGCCAAGGGAGGAUGAGAGUGCUUUAUUGGGCACCCCGCAUGGUGGCCUGACCCAAGGACAGCAAGCAGGCUCUGAAACAAUAAAUAAACCAUCAUUUCCCUAAACAAUAAAUAAAUAUCCAAGAAAUAAAU